GGAUCAACUCUUUCUACAAAGCCAAACCAACCCAUCAAUUCCGCAUUACCCGCUACCAAAAUUCCCAAACAAACGCCUCUUGACGUUUAAACCACCUUCCUUGAUCCAUUUCUAUCAUGGCUGAGGAAACGACGUUGGUUGGGGCGGAUUUUCACAUCCGUCGGGCGGUUUCUUCCGAUUGCCCGGCAAUGUUGCAGCUCGUCCGGGAGCUCGCGGAGUACGAAAAAGCCCUUGAUAAGGUGACGGUUUCGCUCGAGGAGAUGACUGCGUGUGGGUUCGGCCCGAAGCCGAUUUGGGGGGCCUACGUCGUGGAGUUGAAGGGCGACGCGGCGGCGGAGGCGGGGAACCCCACCGUGGUGGGGAUGGCGCUUUAUCACGAUCGCUACUCCACGUGGAAAGGGCGGUUGCUCUAUCUUGAGGAUUUCGUCGUAUCGGAAUCCUACCGCGGGAAAGGGAUCGGGCACGCCUUGUUCGAAUGCGUUCUCGCACACGCGAAGCGGGAAGGGUAUCAGGGCAUGGUAUGGCAGGUACUUGAAUGGAACGAGCCCGCGCUAAACUUUUAUCGGAAGUAUAACGCGGAUUUGGAUCCAGAGUGGGUGAACGGCAUGAUUUUUUUCUAAUAGAUAAUAUUUAAAUUAUAAAAGAAGAGUGAAGGGUAAAUAUAUAUGUAUAUAUAUUUAAUAUAUCAUUUGCUUGCAUUGUUGAUGCUGCUUGAUUUCCGUUUGAAGGAUCUUCAUUCCCGUGUCGUUUGGAUUGAAAGGUGAUUCUUCUUCUGUUGUUGGUUUGCGGCAUGCAUAUGAGCAUCGGCUUAUAGCGGUUUUUUGUUCCGCCAGUGUUGUGUCCAUCUCAAUUGCAGCUUCGCCACAGCGGAGUUUCAGUUGAGGGCGGCUAAAUUUUUCCAAUGCCUACCCACCACAAGUCCGUAUAGCCUCUUACUUAGAGGAACCUAGUUGUUCCAAGAAUAAAGGUGCGUAGCGCUUAAACUCCCUAACGCAUUUUUCUUUCUAAAUUCUCUAGUGUGCUGUGCUGUCUUU